GUUUUCUCGCGAGAAGUGGGAUUACACAAACGUCAGGUGACCUUUGGCACAGUUUUGUUUGCAGCAGAAGAAGAAACAGCUUGAAGGGGUCAAGAUGAACAGAGCUUUCACUAAGACAAAUCUGAAACAUUUGACUGGCAUCCUCCAAAGGUUUCAAAGCACCUUGGUAGUUGCAGAGCACAACAAUGAGAAACUAACACCCAUCACACUCAAUGCCAUCACUGCUGCCAGUAAACUGGGUGGAGAGGUGUCUUGUCUGGUUGCAGGAACAGACUGUGCCAAAGUUGCAGAGGAAAUCAGCAAGGUUCAGGGAGUGAAAAAGGUUCUCGUGGCCCAGCAUGAUUCUUACAAAGGAAGUUUGCCAGAGGAGUUAACUCCACUUGUCUUGGCAACACAAAAGCAGUUUAACUUCACCCACAUCUGUGCUGGCGCAUCUGCCUUUGGCAAGAACCUGCUUCCUAGAGUGGCUGCCAAGUUGGAUGUUGCCCCAAUUUCAGAUAUUAUUGAGGUCAAAUCUCCAGACACUUUUGUCAGAACUAUCUACGCUGGAAAUGCUCUCAGCACUGUGAAAUGUAAUGAGCCAGUCAAGGUGUUCACUGUCAGAGGGACGUCUUUUGAAGCAGCUGCUUCUGAGGGAGGAAGUGCUACAUCAGAAGAUGUGGCUGCAACUUCACCUGCUGGAGUUUCUGAGUGGAUUUCCCAGAGUUUGACAAAGAGCGACCGUCCAGAGCUGACCAGUGCCAAGGUGGUGGUGUCAGGAGGACGGGGCUUGAAAAGUGGCGAUAACUUCAAACUGCUUUACGAUCUUGCUGACAAACUGAAUGCUGCAGUUGGUGCAUCUCGAGCUGCUGUGGAUGCUGGGUAUGUGCCCAAUGACAUGCAGGUUGGACAAACGGGCAAAAUUGUGGCACCGGAGUUAUACAUUGCUGUUGGUAUCUCCGGAGCCAUUCAACAUCUAGCUGGAAUGAAAGAUAGCAAGACCAUUGUUGCUAUCAAUAAGGACCCAGAGGCUCCCAUUUUCCAGGUGGCUGACUACGGAUUGGUGGCUGAUCUUUUCAAGGCUGUUCCUGAGAUGACUGAUGCGCUGAGCAAGUGAGGAGGAACAGAAUCACAAACCUUCCAUUAUCGAUCUGAAAUCCGCAGUUUAAAGAAGUCAGAAUGAGCACAAGAUCUCUCAGUCACCGCCUUAAAUGAUUUCUGACAUGGAGUUUUAUCUGUGCAUCACUACAUCUUUUCUCGGACUGAAAACAGAACGCUCUCAAUCUUUUGUUGGCUAUUAAUAGGGUUGUACUCACCUUUAGGAUGGGGUUAUUUUAUUCCUCCGGUAGAACAAAUGUUGUAAUUUGUAUUUAAUUUUCUGCUAUGUUUAAGUAAGCUUGUCUCUGGAUCCUUAACUCUUUUGUAGCUGACUGUAAGAUGUUGUUCAGGCUGUACUUGUCUGGUACAAAAGGCAUUAAAUUGACAACAUGUGA